GAACGCAGUAUUCCCUCUUCUCUUGUAGUGAUCGUUCUGCUGCGGCUGCUGCUGGUUGCUCUGCUGUUUUGAGAGAUUGUCGCAGCCUCUGCUAAAAAUUGUACAGCUACGCAUAAAACGCACCCAUGAAUCCCGGGAAAUCCUGACAGCGAUGAGUGAGGCAAGGCGAGGUCGGCGACCUCGCAUCAAUCUGAACAAAGGAAAUGAAAACGAGCUCAACGGUAAAGGAGUGGUGAUCCUCGCGAAGAAGGAGCCCCGGGAAAAACCGAAAGAUGACGAGCGACUGGGAUCUCAAGACGAUAGUCAUCGCCGGGAAGGGACAACUUCACCGUUCCUCCUCAGGAAUAAUCGGAUACGAUCGGUGGUUCAGAAGCCUCCGACUAUCCAGACGAAGUCGAUCGCUGUCAAAGUCGUGGAAAACGCUCUGCGCACGGGGAGCGAUGAGCGGGAAAGGCCGACGAGUCUCCGCGGAGGCGACAAGAGUGAAAUGACGCAGAGAGCUAAAUUUUUGAACAAAUUUGGUGAGCUCGAAGAUGAUUUCCUGCAAUUCCUAACGGAGGACGCGACCUUCAAAGUGAUCGGCGUCAUAGGUCUGCAGAGCUCGGGCAAAUCGCACAUCCUGAAUACGCUAGCGGGACGUGCGGUUUUCCCGCUGGAAAAGGUUGACGACGCCGAGCAGUGCCGUCAUCGGACCGUAGGCGUUGAUGCAUUUGUGACUUCUGACCGGACAAUUCUGCUCGACAUGCAGCCUCUGUUGGCGCUCUCAACGAUGGACGGAUUUAUUCAGAGCGAGAAGAGAACACCAUCGGGGGCGAUAGACUACCAUCAGUCACUCGAGAGCCAGGUGAUGAUCGAUUCUCUGCAGACGGCUUGUUUCCUCCUGUCGAUUUGCCAUACCGUCCUCGUAACAUUUGACUGGUUUCUCGACCGUGAUCUGGCGCAAUUCCUCCAGUCGGCCGAGAUGCUGAAGCCCACGAUUCCGAAAACGACCACCACGAACAUGCUCGACGACGAGAUUAGCGACUACUUCCCGCACGUCGUUUUCGUCAAGAACCGGAGCGAAUUCGUGAGCCUGAAAGACAACCGUAUCAUGGCGGCCGAGCUCGAGCGAGUGUUCAAAGAUUCGUUGCUGUUGUUUCGCGAUGGAGUGACGAAUAGUCUCGGAAAGCCAGUUGCCGACGAAGCUGUCAACAUCUUCCAAAUGCCCCUGAAGAGCGAUCCACUGUACGAGACCGUCUGCCGCGAUCUGCUGGCCAAGGUACUGAGCAUGCCGCAGGAAGAGUUCGUCCUGAAUCCUCCUAGAGCCUUCAGUGAACGGCAAUGGUUCCAACAUUCAGCGAAGAUAUGGGAUAUCAUCAAGAAAUCAUCGAUGUUCCAGGAGUACAAGCGGCUUCUCGUGUGAGCGACUGAAAGUACUGAUACGAACUUCCUGAGUCGAAGGCAUGCAGAGAUGCUCGAUGGCGAGAUCCCGUCUGGCGGGAUAUCCCAACUUAAGCAAAAGGCGGCGACUCAAGCCCGAUCCUAGGGUAUACAUCCAGAGCCCCUUGAGGUCGAAACCCACCGGCGGUAGUCGAGUCACCGAAUAAUUAGAGCAAGUGCUCCGUAAGAUCACCAUAACCACGGGUGAUGUUCUUACUGCUGGUGCCCGAGUCGUCGCCCACAUCCAUCCAGCGCAUACGCUAAACUCCCAGAGCACUGGUCGAGCACUGGCCCAGUUGCUUCGAGAUGCUUUUAAGGCGUAAGGGCUGCUCGAAUCGAUUGCCGCUGGGAUGUGGGUUUACAACAAUUCAACAGGAGAAUAAUAAACUUUGAUAACAGGAUGAGAGGAGGAGAAGGACAAUGCUUUUUCCCUCGAGCGAAAAAUCGCUGUCCUCGCCUCCACCACCACCGCAUCUGCCGUCGCUCUGCUGAUCGUCUCUGCCAGGCUGUCCUGCCACGCAGCCCAGCUGCCACCGUGAGUCGUCAGACCACGGAACGAAGGUGUUGAAAUCUGUCGAUUGGUCAUUCAAACAUUUAAUCAAUCAAUCUAUCGAUAUCUUCUGCGUACUUCCACAUGCGAUAUGCAUCGAUCGGCAAUUUCGCAGACUUCCAGUUUCGAAAUCGGAUGAGUGUUCGUCGAGCCGUUGUCGUGGAGCCCGCACUUCGAUCGCCGGCUUCUCCGCGACUCAGCUCACGAGCGAACGAAUGCCGCUCGUCUCGAUUCGAAUCCAUCUGAGAAGUCUGCGAACGAAUCUGGAGAGCGAUGUGCGGAGAGCGAUCAUCCGAGGAACCUCGGUCAAUUAGACUCAGAGGUCGGUUUUAGAAAGAGAGUCUAGCGGCCCCAAUCUGGCAGAAACAUGUUCGUGUGCGGAGGAGACCCGGACGGUAUCAUAGCGUAGCGGAAAAAGGAACCGACCGGGGGACGAUAUCGACAACCAACUUGAACACCGACAGAAGUGAGCGGUACAAUCGGAAAUCGAAGGGAAAAGAGAUCGACUAGGCAAGAGUGAUCGACCAGUCAGUCGAUUGUUUCCUCCGCCUGUCUAUCCGUCUCUUUGUCUGUCUGUCUAUCUAUCUAUCUGUCAUUUGAAAGGAAAGCUACCUAUAUGUUACUCGGAUCGUGGGAAAGGGGCUGAUUGCCGAGUCAUGUGACCGUAUCCCAGUUAGACCCUCGAUGUCGUCGACGAAACUAUCGAUUAACCAGAAAACAACCCUGUCAGAACUCUGGUUUCUAAUCCAUUGGAACUUCACUGACUCUGAACUAUUUGGAAAGAAAAAAAAAGCUAAUAAACAUCAUUUCUGAUAAA